GCGAAUAAAACCGCCGUCGCUCCCCCGACUCCGUUUCAUUUUCAAAGUCGUGUGUGUUAUUUCCUUCGGUCACCGGACAACUCGCGAAACGAGGGUUUCUCACACAGCGCACCACACUCCAGACGCCACCACUACCAGUGACCGCUACCCCCUCGGCACUACCCAUUCGAUUCGGAUUCUUCAACGACAAGAUUAAUCCAUUAACAAUGGCUCCACGUCAACGCAUCGAUGCCUAGUCUGCCGAGGAAUUCACUCUUUGAAAAUGCGUCAGAGGUUCUAGAAGCUGAGCGCGAAGAAGCGUCUCCGAGCGGUGAGCAUUCGCAAGAGCAUUCGCAAGAGAGCUGUCGAAGCGAUAAGCGGUGCAGGAUUUACAACCGGAGUCACCACACGCUGCCCCAUAUGACAGAGCCUCCCAGUACCCACCGCCGUUCCGCUUUUCAGCAGCGUUUGCGCCGGCAAGAACCGCCAACCCGCCAAGCCCCUCCAAAUCGGUCGGCAUCGUCCGCUUCUGAGGAGCACUCGCGCCGGUAAAAUCCGUCAACUCGCAAAGCGCUCGCCUCUCCGCCGCGCAGCCUCCGCAACACCGGGUCCAACGCUCUCCUCCCUCCCCCGACGGCACAGCGUCAACGUCCUGCCGACGGCCAUGGUCAUUCUGGAGACCGGGCUGAAAACCUUCGACACGGCCUCUCUCAUCGACUCGUGCACCCCGAUGAGCUGCAUCGACGCGACCCUGGCGUCCUCCUUUCAGUUGCCGGCAACCACUGUCGGCGACGAGAAGGUUUGCACGGCGACGGUUCGGUGGAAGGUCAACGAAGGAACCAAGUUGGAGGUAAUCCUUAAGGUUGAGCCGAUCGUCUGCAUCCGCACCCCGAUCCGAGUGAUCGGUCGUCGAGAAAUGUAAGGAUCUCCCGUUGGCCGACAAGCGUUUUUACCUGCCGGCGACGAUUUCCCUGAUCCUGGGUGCGGAUAUGUAUUCCCAGGUCAUCCAGCCCGGCUUCCAUCUGGUCGACGAGGGACUGCCCGUGGUCCGCUCUCCCCUCUCUCCAAGUGCCCGGUCUCCUGCGCUGGAUGCUUGCGCUUCCAGGCUUUCGCACUUUCCCGCUCCCGGAAUUUGUCGUCACGGCGCUCUGAAGCGCAGCGCUCAACUAGGCAGUUAAACAUUGUUCUCCAAGCGUACUCCACACCCCGCCGUCACCCCGGAAGUGGAACGCAGCAGCCAACCACGAUGCCGCCGCCUCCAGACGCCACCACUAACAGCGACCGCAUCAGCCCCCCGCUACCCCCUCGGCCUAUAGUCAUCUAUGGCUAAAUAAAUCAUUUUUCUCAAAACCGGCCUUGUACGCCCGAAUCCACCUGCUUUUGGCCCAUGCAAAUUAUGUCUUUUAUUCGCUAUCACAUGGCCAGCACAAAACAAAUCGAGCAGUAGCCACGUUGCGAACACUACCAGGCGCACAGUGACACAGUAAGAGUAAUGUCAACGUCUCACUAAUUCGACGGCAAACUGUUGCACAUUAGCUUAACCUCACCGCAGUGCCCAAUCGCCUCUCCGACCAUCGUCGAGAUCGUCCUUCCAUCAUAGCCUUCCAGUGCCAGCGCGUGACCUAGAAGUGUCUACUUCGGUAAGGCACAAACAAAAGUUUAAGAGUAAGCUACCUUUCUUUGAUACUCGACGAAAUAUAGGUAAUAUUACCUAAAUAUAUAUGAGAAUACAUUUGGGAUACAAAGUUCUUUGAUCUUAAAAUAUAAUUGUGCAUUAAAAAAAAAAAAUGGGACAUUAUUUUAACGGA